AUGGCUAGUUUCAGUCACCAUUUCAGUUCAAUGCACGUCGUAUGGAUGGCCUGCUUCCAUGUGUAUGUUCUUUGUGCCUUAGCUGAGCUUCAGCGUUUCGAGCAACCUACGAAGGAGGAUGGCUCAAUUAGCUUUUUGGUGGUUGGAGACUGGGGAAGAAAAGGAAAUUAUAAUCAAUCCAAUGUUGCAUUUCAGAUGGGAAGAAUAGGAGAAGAGUUGAGCAUUGAUUUCGUUGUUUCUACUGGAGACAACUUUUACGAGGACGGGUUGAGAAGCAUAAAUGACCCUGUGUUUGAGAAAUCAUUUAGCAAAAUCUAUACUGCAAAGAGCCUUCAAAAGCAGUGGUACAGUGUUUUAGGCAACCAUGACUACCGGGGAAAUGUCAAGGCUCAAUUAAGUCCGAACCUGAGGAAUGUAGAUAGCCGAUGGAUUUGCCUGAGAUCUUUCAUUCUUAACGCAGAAAUUGUGGAAUUGUUCUUCAUCGACACCACUCCAUUUGUGGACAAGUACUUUCUGAAGCCAAAGCACCAUCAUUAUGAUUGGAGAGGAGUGAUGCCAAGGCAGCACUAUCUUUCAAACCUCUUGAAGGACUUGGAAUCAGCUUUGCAGGACUCCACUGCUAACUGGAAGAUUGUAGUUGGGCAUCAUACUAUCAGAAGCAUUGGCCAUCAUGGGGAAACAAAUGAGCUAAAGAAGCAACUUCUCCCGCUUCUUGAGGCAAACAAUGUUGAAAUGUACAUAAAUGGGCAUGAUCAUUGCUUGGAACACAUAACCAGCAGCACAAGCCAAAUCCAAUUUUUAACAAGUGGAGGUGGAUCGAAGGCAUGGAAAGGGGAUAUUGAUCAACUAAACAUAGGAGGAGUCAAGUUUUAUUAUGAUGGGCAAGGUUUCAUGUCCCUGGAACUAAGGCAGACACAUGUAAAGAUAGUAUUCUAUGACGUUUUUGGCAAAGUUCUGUACAAUUUGAACAUGUUUAAGCAGCUCAACCCUGUCAUCUAGGACCACAUUAUGGAAAACAGGUGUUUUCCACUCUUCAUCAAAUAUAUAAUGCAGUGAUUAAUCA